AUGGAUUCAACGCUUUUAACAAAUAAUCUGGAAAACUUGGAGCUUCACGAAGCCUUAGAUGAAGGUGGUUGGACUAUACAAGUUAUAUACCCAGAAGAAGAAGACGCCAUACCUCUGUUAACACAAGAAUCCUUAUUAUUGCAGGAAAAUGAUAAAGAUCAGGAAACCAACAGCAGCAAUGAGCAAGAAAACACGGACAAUGAUACUGAACCAAAAAUUAAAAAACCUUCCAAAGUUAACUUACCUUACGCACACUGCUGGACAUCCAACGGUUACGUUUGUCCAAAAUGCGGAAAAGUUUACAAUGCAAGGAAAAAUUUGGCUAGACAUAUUAAUCUUGAAUGUGGGAAAGCACCCAAGUUUGCCUGCAUGUAUUGAUCAGCAACGGAACUGCCAGUUAAAAUAGAAAUAAAAGAAGAUGACGAAGGCUCUGAAAUGUAUAAGCCUGCUUGGUUAUCCUUAGCUCUGGAUGCCCCUUAUAAGCCGAAAAAGAAAUCCAAUAGAAUUAAAGGACAAUUCGCUUGUCCAAAAUGUGGGAGGAUUUACAUUAGAAAAGAUUCUCUUCAAAGACAUUUGACGUAUGAGUGUGGCAUGGAGCCUCAAUUUCAAUGCCCUUUUUGUCCUCAAAAAUCUCAAGAUUUGCGGGUGACUAGACCUUGGGAGCGUUGGCCUUCUCAUCUUGUACUACCAAUGAUGUUAAUGAGAGAAAAUAUGAAAAAUUCCAUGUUAAACACUUCGUUAGAUUUAAGUCUUAACUCACCCGGCCAAAAAGUUAGAAACAAAUCCCAGAACUUAGAGGGAAGUUUUGCUUGUCCCAAUUGCGGAAGAGUUUACAAGUUAAAAAGUUCCCUGCGUAACCACCAGAAGUGGGAAUGUGGAAAAGAGCCGCAGUUUAAAUGCAAGUAUUGUUCUUAUAAAGCAAAACAAAAAAUGCAUAUGGCCAGGCAUAUGGAGCGAAUGCAUAGGGAUAUUAAUGAUAAGACAGAAAUUAAAAACGAAAAUGAAUUUGCUGCCAAGUCGGAAUCGUCCGAUAUUGUUACGCCAGAAGCUGGCGCUGAAAAUGAAUAAAUAAAUCAAUUUUACGGGACAAUUUACAUUCCAAAAUACUCUGUGCCUUUUUUCAGAGCUGUGAAUUUUCAAAAAAUUAUUAGAUUUGUAUAAAUUAGAUUCUAUUUUAG